CGCGUGCGACGGCAGUGGACACCGCCGCCAGUUUUCUUUCGUCGGGAGUUGUUCGUUGCACCGUGCGUUGAGUGGACUGCCAUAGCUGUUCUCCAUGGAGGACAUCCAAUUUUCGUGCGUGGCGGCGGACGGCUCCGCGCCACGUCGUCGAGCACUGUCCCACCGUGAGAAACGCCUGGUGGUUACAUCGUUGCUCGCCGUGUCGACACAUCUGCAGCACACAGCGGCAUUGCGGCGCAGUCCGGGGAGAAGAGCUGGGUUGAGGGAGGCCAUCGCAACGCACGCCAUGGCGGAUUCGAAUUCGUCCGCCACGGUUUGGGAUGCGCCAUUCCUUAUGGCGAAUGCCAUUGUGUCGGGUGUCCUUCCUAGGGAGACGCCACGGUGGUGGAUCCGGAGGAGAACUGGCGGAACAUGGCAAGAUCUCAUAAUUGAUGAUGACGCCACAGAGGACUAUUUUCAUGAGAAACUACGAAUGACGAGAGGGGCGUUCUACGACAUCGUCGCCGCCUGCACUCCUUUUCUGCAACGGUUCCUCACUCAUUACCGCACUCCACUGAUGCCGGAGCAGCUGGUGGCGUUCGCUCUGUACAGGUGGGCGAGCGGCGAGACGUUUGACAGUGCAACGUCGUCAUUUGGGAUGGGGCGGUCGAGUGGUAUCAAGGUGGUGAGGGACGUGACGAACGCUAUCUUGUCUGCGUAUCCGGACAAGAUAGCGAUGCCAACAGGUCGGCGGCUACUGCAGGUCACACGAGCGCUCGCAGCGAAGGGAUUUCCAAACUGUUUUGGUUGCAUGGACUGCAGCCACGUGUACGUCGACAAGCCAGCAAAUGCGCUAGCGGAGAACUAUUUCGAUCGAAAGCAGCAGUACUUUGUCAUUGCUCAAGUCGUCGUCGACCUCGACAUGCGUGUGCUGGAUGUUCACGUCAGGUAUCCGGGCAGCAUCCACGACGCUAGGGUUUUGAUCAAUUCGUCACUGUACAGACGUGCAGAAGCUGGCACUUUGUUCUUGGCGGAUGCGGUGGACCUGCCGUACGGGGUGCGAACGAGGGGGUACGUCCUCGCGGACAACGGUUAUGGACCGUUGCCCUGGCUUGUGGUGCCUUACGGUGGAGUGGUGCAACCUCCCGACGAGGCGCAUUUCGACACGUGUCACAAGUCAUCACGGAAUGUUGUCGAAUGGGCAUUUGGGAGACUGGAGGGGAUGUGGCGGCUGUUUCUGCGCCAGCACAAGACGAACAUGGAGAAUCUGCCCCAGCAAUUCACCGCCGUUUGUAUUUUGCACAACUUGCUGAUCGAGGCUGGCAUCGAAUUUGACGAGCGUCUACUUGUUGACAGGGACGCCGACGGCAACGAGCGCCCCAUCGAUCUGGGUAUGCAUGAACCUGCUGCCCCUGUGUCGCAGGAUGAUGCCACCGACGACGCCCUUGCAUUGCGCGACGCGCUUAGCUUUCGAAUGCACCCGACUAUGGCUUGACGAUGGUGGCUUCUGCGGGUGUGUUCGGAUUGCUCGGGGGAUGGCGGGGGGGAAGGGGGGKGGGGGGGGGGGGGGGGGGGGGGGGGGGGGGGGGGGGGGGGCUGGGGGAAUGCUAAGGAGGAGGAGGGUGAAGGGAGGGGUUCUAGGGUUCGAUAGUUUAUGGGUGGACUGUACUUAGAGCCACCCGCUAUCUUUUAGGAAUCGUGCAAGUCAAUCCUUUCGUUUGCCAGCGAAAGUAAUCAAUGCUUGCACGUUGA